AAAUGAUUUCGUAGGGAAAUUGUCCUUAUAUAUACGACAAGCACUCAUAUAGUUUGAUCCCAUAAUCCUCGUCCGUGGCAAACCCUUCUCUCUCAAUCGCAACUGGUUACUGGAAUUCUGUGGGAGAUUUCAUGUUUACGCCAACUAAUAUUUUUUGCGCGGUUUACUUUAUCAAGAUGGUUUCCGAAUAUGGAGUGCAUACAGCCCUUGCAGCAUUACUUGAAUGGUUCCAACCUAAAGGCUCUUUGUAUGACCCUGCUGCUACACUGAGUUUUUGUGGACAGUUCCUGGUGCUGCAGUAUAGUAUUUGCUUAAAGCAAACAAAUGCAGACUCUGAAAGUAAUGGAGCAAAUACCGUAACAGUCCCAAACGAAAGUUGUAGCACACCGGUGUUCCAAGAAAAUUGUUAUGGCUGGCCAGCAUUGUCUCCAAAUGUUCUGAUGGAUGUGCAAACUCAAUCCCCUGUGCUUGGUGGCUGCUUAUAUCCUGCAAGCCCUGGGCAGUACAUCCAACCAUAUUUGCUCCCUCAGGUUCCUGUUCCUGUGCCAAUACCUCCUCAGAACUGUUCGCCUUCACCCGACUGUGUUUCUCAGGAAUUUGAGUACUUUGUGGUGAUUGAUUUUGAGGCUACGUGUGACAAAGAAACGAUCCCUCAUCCACAGGAAAUAAUUGAAUUUCCAUCUGUGGUUGUAAAUGGUAGGACGGGGCGAAUAGAGGGCUGUUUUCAGUGCUAUGUUCGGCCUACUCAUCAUCAGCUUCUCACUGGAUUUUGCAAAGAACUUACAGGGAUCAAGCAGUCUCAGGUAGAUAAAGGCGUUACUUUGAGUGAAGCGUUGUUUUUACAUGAUAAAUGGCUCGGAGAAAAGGGCAUUAAGCAUACAAACUUUGCUAUUGUGACAUGGACGAACUGGGAUUGCAGAAUAAUGUUGGAAUCAGAAUGCCGAUACAAAAAGAUUAUGAAGCCAUCAUAUUUCAAUAGGUGGAUUAAUUUGAAGAUCCCGUUCAUUGAAACAUUCGGAUGUACUCGACGCAACUUGAAAGAAUCAGUAGAACAUGCUGGUGUGAGAUGGGAGGGUAACGCCCAUUGCGGAUUAGACGAUGCCAAAAACACUGCUCGUUUACUGUCUCAACUUAUGCAGCUUGGAUAUAAAUUCUCAAUCACAAAUUCUCUUCAGUCCCUAUUUUCAGAUCAUCCGAGUGCUGCACAUCACCAGCAGCAGACGCUUUCACCUGCAAGCACCGUAGUUUAUCAACCCGACAAGUCGAAAACUUCACCUAUCUUAACAGAAAUGCACUUCCCACCACUUCGAGCUGCCAAUCCAAUGGAAGAGCCCGUUUUUUGCUUUUGUGGGGCUACAUGUAUCAAGAAAGUAUGGCCAAUUCCGGGACAGGAACCUGGUUGUUUGUUCUUUGCGUGUGGAAACUUUACUGCUGACCGAGGGCCCUCAUGUCCGUUUUUCUUAUGGGCUGCUGAUUCUGCAAAACCCGUCUACAAAUUGUAGGCUGUGUCACGAAAAAUAAAGUCAUUGUUCGAUCUGUGCUAGAAAACAACGAAAAUUUUUUCAUUUUCGUGUUAAUUUUCAUGAGUCCUUGGCUAUGGUGAUUUUGAUACUGACAUGAAUUUCUGUUUGAUUGCUUUCAAGCUUAUAUAAAAAAUUAGAUUAGCGUGAUUUAGUUAA